UCUCGCACUCUAACUGGGCUGUUGCUAGGUUACUGCAUCUGUGAUGUAUCCAACAAGCCGGAAGGGAACCAUGGUGAUCAUAAAUCAAGGCACAUCCACAGUAUCCGCGCAUGCUCAGUUUAUUGGCCGUGCUCUCGGUGAGCCAAAACAAAGAUGGCGGCGCCCGUGGGGCCGGUGCGUUUCUGGAAGCCGGGUACAGAAGGCCCAGGUGCAAGUCUUGCCGAGGAGAGGCAGAGUAAUGCCGAGGUUACCUCCGUCAUCUAUAACCCACAUACUUCUCUUUCCAUAGAGCAGCAGAGACAGAAACUGCCAGUGUUUAAGCUAAGAAAUCACAUCCUUUAUCUAGUAGAGAAUUACCAGACUGUGGUGAUAAUUGGAGAAACCGGAUGCGGCAAAAGUACACAAAUACCACAGUACUUGACAGAAGCUGGGUGGACGGCAGAAGGAAGAGUAGUUGGAGUUACACAGCCUCGCAGGGUGGCAGCAGUUUCGGUGGCAGGACGUGUGGCAGAGGAGCGAGGGGCUGUGCUGGGACAUGAAGUUGGCUACUGCAUACGCUUUGAUGACUGUACUGACCCGCAGGCCACACGCAUCAAGUUUCUGACUGAUGGCAUGCUUGUCCGAGAAAUGAUGUCUGAUCCAUUGCUCACCAGAUACAGUGUGCUGAUGUUAGAUGAAGCCCAUGAACGGACGCUAUACACAGACAUUGCUAUUGGUUUGCUGAAAAAGGUUCAAAAGAAAAGAGGAGACCUAAGGCUGAUUGUGGCCUCAGCAACACUUGAUGCAGAGAAAUUCAAGGCCUUUUUCAAUCAGAAUGACAGUAACGACCCCAGUAGAGACACGUGUGCUAUUCUCACGGUGGAGGGCAGAACAUUCCCGGUAGACAUUUUCUAUACACAAAGCCCUGUUCCAGAUUACCUGAAGUCCACUGUACAGACGGUGAUGAAAAUCCACCAGAGUGACCUGGAGGGGGAUAUACUUGCAUUCCUAACUGGCCAGGAGGAAGUGGAAAGUGUGGUAUCCAUGUUGGUGGAACAGGCCCGUAUCCUUGCUCGCACGGGCAUGAAGAAACACCUUCGUGUCCUCCCCAUGUAUGCAGGGCUCCCUGCUUCUGAACAGAUGAAGGUGUUUGACAGGCUUUCCCACAAUGUCAGGAAGGUAGUUGUUGCCACUAACAUUGCAGAGACGUCCAUCACUAUAAAUGGAAUCUCCUUCGUUAUAGACUGCGGUUUUGUCAAGUUGCGAGCAUAUGACCCUAAACGUGCAGUGGAGUCUCUGCUUUUGGUUCCUGUUUCACAAGCAUCUGCCAAUCAAAGAGCUGGGCGUAGUGGAAGGAACAGAUCAGGCCAGUGCUACAGGCUCUAUACAGAGGAGGAUUUUCAAAAACUUCCUCCCUCCACAGUCCCAGAGAUGCAGAGAAGUAACCUCUCUCCUGUGAUCUUGCAACUGAAAGCCCUCGGUAUAGACAAUGUUCUGCGCUUCCACUUCUUAUCGCCACCACCUGCACAGUCAAUGGUUCAGGCCCUGGAGCUGCUGUACGCACUAGGAGGCUUGGAUAAGCAUUGUCGUCUGACUGAUCCCCUUGGUGUACGAAUGGCGGAGUUUCCCCUUAAUCCAAUGUUUGCCAAAAUGCUGCUGGAGUCUGGAAAUUUUGGAUGUUCCGCUGAAGUUUUAAGCAUUGCAGCCAUGAUGCAAAUUCAGAAUAUCUUUGUCUUCCCUCCAAACCAAAAAGCUCAAGCGACUAGAGAACAUCGGAAAUUUGCAGUGGAAGAGGGAGAUCAUCUGACCAUGUUAAAUGUGUUUGAGGCUUUUAUCAAGUUUAACAAGAGCUCUCAGUGGUGUCAGCAACACUUCCUAAACUACAAGGGGCUGAUGAGAGCAGUCACCGUACGGGAACAGCUAAAGAAACUUCUCAGCAAGUUCAAGGUGCCCAAGAAUUCCAGUGAAGGGGAUCCAGAUCCCAUUUUGCGGUGUAUUGUGGCUGGAUUCUUUGCCAAUGCUGCCAAGCUUCAUUCUACAGGCGUUUACAGGACACUUCGCGAUGGACAUGAAUUACAUAUACACCCAACAUCUGUGUUAUAUGCAGAGAAGCCACCAGGCUGGGUGCUGUUUAGUGAAGUGAUCCAGAGCAGCAAGUACUACAUGCGGGAUGUGACUGCAGUCGAGUCUGCAUGGCUGCUGGAGCUGGCACCACACUUCUACCAGCAGGGAACGCAUCUAUCUCGAACCAGUAAACGGGCCAAGCUGGACAAUUUGUAAGCCCAUAGCAUUUGUAUGUGAUCCCUCGGAGCAAGAAUUUACUCCAGAGUCACCAACAUUUCUACGUCUGACCUCAACUCCCAUGGAGACCCGUCUAUCUGCUUCUCUUCAAGGACACAGUUCUGGAACCUCUCACUGACUAGUGGGGUGGAUUCUUAGCCUAGCACCAAGCAUAAUCAUUUUGACAUAUUCUGAGCAGUCAGCCUGUGCCAUUCUAUACAUCGUACUUCGACACAUAGAAUAUAUAUUAUAUAUACAGAAAGCAGCUUUAUUUUUUUAAGUUGUAAAUGAUGGAUGGAAAUGAUUAGAGGGUAAUAUGCCUUUUGAACAAUUUAAGUGCUGCAUUGGUGUUAUGACAUUUGUAUCAUUCAUUGUAUCAUGUAAAUCCACCAACAUAUACCCUGGUUUGUGAAAGUGCAAAAACCCUAAUUUCAAUCAGGUUCACAUGUAACUGGCUUAAGAACUGUUUUACUGUGACAAAAACCACAUUAGCACAGCACAGACUCCAACCUUAUCUACAAAUCACAUGGAGCUGCAAAACAUUUAGAAGACAACAGACAAAAAUGUGUAUCUGUCCCUUGGCUUUGUCCUUGUUUUUAUAAAUGUCUGUAUAUCGUCACAAUAAACCGGAAAGUACCUCA